CUUCAAGACAAAAAACCUCCGGUAGACUCUGAGCCUUUGGUUAAAAGAAGCCAUGGCGGAAGACAAGAGGGAGUGCGUGAAGGUCGUGAUAAGAUGCCGGCCGAUGAGCAACCAAGAGAAGAUAGACAACAGAGAAGCUAUUGUGGAAAUGGAGACACACGCACUGGGCUUGCUCGAGUCUGCAGACCAGGUACCAAAGAUUACAAGGACUUCACCUUCGAUGCAGUCUAUGAUGCCAACGCGGUGCAGGCGGACUUCUACGAGCACACAGGCUAUCCUGUCGCUCGCGGCUCAGAGCGUCAUGGACGGGUACAACGGCACCAUUUUCGCGUAUGGGCAGACGGGCACCGGGAAGACCCACACCAUGGUUGGACCUGCGGAGCCACAGGAGCUGCAUGGUGUGAUCCCCCGGACCUUCGCGCACAUCUUCCAGAAUGUGAACGUCGGAGGGAAUCGGACAUUCCUCGUCCGAGCUUCCUACCUAGAGAUCUACAAUGAAGAGAUCCGUGACCUCCUGUCUAAAAAUCCAAAGCAGAAGUUGGAAUUAAAGGAUCAUCCAGAGGGUGGGGUCUUCGUGAAGGACCUGACUGUCAUGAUUGUCAAGGGUGUCACCGAUCUACAGCAAGUCAUGGAAGUUGGACAGAAGAAUCGCAGCGUUGCGAGCACGCUCAUGAACAAUGAGUCCAGCAGGUCGCACUCCAUUUUCACCGUCACUGUUGAGAUCCUGGAGAAAGGACUGGAUGGCCAGGACCACGUCCGCGUGGGGAAGAUGAACAUGGUGGACUUGGCAGGUUCAGAGCGGCAGAGCAAGACGGGUGCCACUGGAGACACCUUGAAGGAAGCCACCAAGAUCAACAUGUCGUUGAGUGCCCUGGGCAAUGUGAUUUCCGCACUCGUGGACUCCAAGACCUCCUUUAUCCCAUACCGAGACUCGAAGCUCACCAGGCUGCUCCAGGACUCGCUGGGUGGCAAUACCAAGACGGUGAUGUGUGCGUGCAUCGGCCCGGUGGACUACAACUACGAUGAGACGCUGAGUACUCUUCGUUACGCCCACCGUGCAAAGAGCAUCAAGAACAAGCCCAGAAUCAAUGAGGAUCCAAAAGAUGCUAUGAUCCGGGAGUUUCAGGAUGAGAUCACCCGCCUCAAAGAGCAACUGCAAGCGCGGGCGGGUGGCGGAGCCGGUGUGCCACGCCCCCCAGUGCCGGGAGACCCCGGGGAGGUGGUGGUCGAGAAGGAAGUGGUGGAAGUGGAGAGGAUCGUGGAAAAGGAGGUGCUGAUUGAGAAGAUCGUGCAUUCAGGCGUUACUGAUGAAGACGUGCAGCGCAUGCAACUUCAGGUGGAGCAGGAGCGCCUGGAGAUCGAGGCGCAGCUCAACGCCGAGCGACAGGCCAUUGAGGCUCAGAAGGAGAUGGCGGACCAGGAGAAGCAGCAGCUGCUGGAGGCCUUGGAGGAGAAGAGGCGGCAGAGGGACCAGGAGGCCCAGGCGCAGGAGAAGAUGCUCCAGAACCUCAAGGCUAUGGAGGAGAAGAUGUUGGUGGGAAGCCAGGUCAUGGAGAAGGCCAUGCAGCAGGAGGCCGACCUGAAGCGCGCCGCCAUCGAGGUGGAGGAGAAGAAGCGCUUGGAGCAGCGCAUGCAGGAAGAGUUGGAGGAGCAGGAGCAAGAGAAGCUGAACCUGGAGGAGAAGUAUGCCUCCACGGAGGAGCAGGUGACAAAGUUGACUUCAAAGCUAGAAAAGCUUUGGGACCGGCACAAGCAGACGCAAGAGGAGGUCGAGGAUUUACAGCAGGAAUUUCAGACCCAAAGGGAGGACAUGCUGGAGACCAUCCGAGAGCUUCGGAAGGAGGUGAAGCUGGUGUGCCUGACGAUAGAAAAUUUCAUCCCGAUGGAGCACUACCAGCAAAUUGUGGAGCGCGCGCAUUUCGAUGAGUCUUCUGAUGAGUGGGUUAUCCGAAACGUAGAUCUGGCCGGGAACCGUGUGCGGCGGCGGGGCCGGAUCCUGGAUGAUGAUGGGGAGCGCAUGCGCCGCUCGGGGGGCCCCGAUGGAAGCCCAGACCCAGUGGCGAUGAUGAACGAGCGGCCCAACGUGUACUUCGCCUACACGGAAGAUGGAGGGGCGCAGCGUGCAGAGACACGGCCCGUGCAAAAGAAUGGCAAGCGGAUGAAGUCCGCUGGCCGGCCUGGCACUGCCAGCCGCAAGGGUCGGGGCGUGAAAGCCGCGGGUGGUAACCCGAUGAAUCCCCCGGAACAGGAGGAUGGCAAGGCGGCCUUCCCAAAGGCCCGUGGCUUAGUGCAAGCUGGAUACCAUGGCUGAGGCUCAGCUGUUUGGGGCAUACAGGCCCCCGACAUGUCAUGGACCUUUCCAGGGCAAACCAAACAAGUCGAAAACAAUCCUGCUAGAUUCUGCCACUGGCCGCGCCAAGCCGAG